UUGUUGUCUAAUGACUGUGAUGGUGGACACGGCGUUGCGCGGAGCUCGGAGUCGCCGCUGUGUUUUUAACGACAGCGGGCAGACGAGGAUGAGGAAUUGAGAUCUGCGCUGGACUCCCUACUGCCUCUUCCAGGCUUUGAAAGUGAAACAAACUAGCCUCUUUGCUGGGCUGCCCUGAUGCGAUGGCCUCCAGCCACAGCUCCCCACCAGUGCCUCGCCCCAGCGACAGCAGCGAUAGGCUCUUCAGGAAGGACAAGGACCCUUCUUCCAGACAGUAUAAGCUAGCCCGCUCCCUUCCGGAUGUCUGCCCUAAGGAGCCCACAGGUCCCAGAGGGCUGUGCGAAGGUCCGUCUGUGGUGGCCGACCAGCACAGGUGGACGGUCUACAACUCUAAGGUGAACCUUCCUGCUGCACUGAAUGACCCCCGCCUCGCGAAACGGGAGUCAGACUUCUUCACCAAAAGCUGGGGCUUGGACUUUGUGGAGACGGAAGUCAUGCCCUCCUUCUACCUCCCAAACAUAACAAAAGAACACUUUGCGUCCUACUUGCAGGAGAUAACCCAGAGAGAAAAAAUACAUGAAAGGUGUAAGAAUAUCUGUCCUACCAAGGAUGAACUCAACUCUGUGUCUAACAUCACAAACAAUCAUGACAAAUCAAGGAUAGAGCUGGAGCAAGUACCUAAGAUAUUCAUGAAGCCAGAUUUUGCGCUGGACGAUCCUGCAACGUUUAAUUCCGUACUGCCGUGGUCCCACUUCAGUGUGGCAGGGGGCAAAACCAGCCGUGACAUGGCCUCCUCGCGGCUGCUGCAGGAGAAGCUGAGUCAUUACUUGGAUGUGGUGGAGGUGAACAUCGCCCACCAGAUUUCCUUACGUUCGGAGGCCUUUUUCCACGCCAUGUCCUCGCAACAUGAGCUGCAGGACCACCUGCGUGAGACGGCCCGGGCAGUGGCAGCGCUGCGUGAACGGACGGCUGCCAUGGACCGUGUGAUGUGCGAGGGCCCGCUGCGGGCAUUGCGCCUGGGCAUUUCACGGGGCAACUGCGUGCGGCUGCACAGCAAGCUGAAGCUGAUGGCUGCUGUGCACCAGACGCAGCCUACCGUACAGGUGCUGCUAUCCACCUCUGAGUUUGUGGGUGCGUUGGAGCUCAUUGCCACCACACAGGAAGUCCUACAACAGGAACUCCAGGGCAUACACAGCUUCAGACACCUGGGUUCUCAACUGUGUGAAAUGGAGAAACUCAUUGACAAGAUGAUGGUCGCUGACUUCACCACCUACGCCAGGAGCGAUCUGGGCCGGCCCUUGGAGGAAGAUACCCAAGUCUUGGAGAAGGACAGGCUGGAGUCCCUUGUUUUUGGCUUGCUGCGACAGAGGAAGCUGGAUUUCCUGGAGAUCUACAGCGAGGAAAUGAUUUUGGCAGCUAAGGGCAUUGUGAAACAGUGUGUGGUCAACACAGUAUCACACAUUGAAGAAAUCGACACAGAAGUUGUUGUCAAGCUUGCUGAUCAGAUGAGGCUCAUGACGUUUCCUCAGUGGUUUGAGCUUCUGAAGAGCGUUUUUGCAAGUUUCAUCCUUUUCCUGAGACGGAUAAAGGCAACACUAAAUGUAAUCAGGAACGUUGUGCUCGAAGUGCUUGAUGGAAACCAACGGAACCGGUUAGCAGAGGCAGCGGCAGCAGAGGCAGCUGAGACCGGCAUGGAAACCCCACCCUGCAGGGACUCUGAGCUGGCCUACCUGACCCAUGAGGGCUUGUUUAUCAGUGAUGCCUUUGCUGAGUCGGAGCAGCAGGCUUGUGGUGAGCUCCGGGGCUCCAAGCCGACGGCGGCAUGUGGCAGUGACUCUGCUUCUGGCACCACAGAGUCAUCCUCCAGCCGUGAACAGACCACACCCCCCUUCACAAGGGGGCCUGGCGCGGUGAAUGAGGACAUGAUGCCUUCGGACCUCGAGCUGAGUCGUGUGGCCAGUAACAUCCAGGAGCUGCUGUACACAGCCUCCGACGUCAGCCACGACCGCUGUGUCAAGUUCCUCAUGGCCCGGGCAAAGGACGGAUCCCUGGAACGGCUCAGCUCCUCCGAGUUUGUUUGCCUGUCCCAAGAGGUUGAGCGCUUUGUGUGUGACACGGAGGAGCUGUGCUGCCGUCGCAGUGUGUCACUGAGGGGGGCGCUGCAGAGCCAGGCCAACCGCUUUGUGCACCGCUUCCAUGAGGAGCGCAAGACCAAGCUCAGCCUGCUGCUUGACAAUGAACGCUGGAAGCAGGCAGAGGUUCCAGCGGAGUUCCAGGACCUUGUCAACUCCAUCGCUGAUGGCAGGAUCACACUACCUGAGAAGAAGCCUACUGGUACCGAGGAGCGGAAGCCGAGCGAUUAUUUAAACGUAGACGGACAAAAAUAUGCCGUCGUCGGGACGGUGUUGCUGCUGAUCCGGAUCUUCCUAGAAUACUGCCAGUGCGUUAAUGAUAUACCCUCCAUCGCCACAGAUAUGGUGACGCGCCUGUCUGACCUGCUCAAGCACUUCAACUCGCGGAGCUGUCAACUGGUGCUGGGGGCCGGUGCGCUGCAGGUGGUGGGUCUCAAGACCAUCACUACAAAGAACCUAGCAUUGGCCUCCCGCUGCCUGCAGCUAGUCGUACACUACAUUCCCAUCAUUCGGGCCCACUUCGAGACCAAGCUGCAACCCAAACAGUACAACAUUCUCAGGCACUUUGACCACAUCACCAAGGACUACAAUGAUCACGUAGCAGAGAUCUCAACUAAACUAGUGGCAAUCAUGGACAGUUUGUUUGAGAAAAUGUUGUCCAAGUAUGAAGUAAAGGCACCUAUGCCUUCUGUCUGCUUUCGGAACCUGUGUAAACAGAUGGCCAAGAUGCACGAGGCAAUCUAUGAUCUGCUACCUGAAGAGCAGACCCAGAUGCUGUUCCUAAGGAUAAAUGCAAGCUUUAAACUUCACCUCAAGAGACAGCUAGCACGACUCAACGUGAUCAAUGAUGGAGGGCCUCAGCACGGAUUGGUCCUGGUGGAUAUAGCCUUUUACACUGGGAAUGUCCAGGCGCUGAAGUCACUAGAAAAGCUGGAUCUGAACUUGGGGGAGAUCUGGGAACAGAAGAGGUGAUCGAGACCAUGACUGUGAUCUGUAAGGGGAGACAUAGAUGGCGGUGAGGGGAAGUAGAGACCACCUUGGGCCUCGCGCUUACCAUGUUCCACCACCUCAUGUGCCCCAGAACCCCUGGGUGACCCAACUGCAGGAGCUGCUGCCCAUAUUUGGCAAAAGGGGAGAGAGAGCCUCUUCCUCAAGCUUUCUACAGAAGGACUCUGGUUACUCACAUGGACCAAACCUGGAUGAACGCGCACACAUACACAGAUAGCUGGGGAUCUCAGAGCAGCCCUACAGCAGAGCUCGCUGCAGAGGCUGCCCCCAGCACUUGCUGCUUCUGUUCACACGGGUCGGACUUUUGUCUCCACAUCUAUGUGCAAUUCCACUGAUGACUGUUGAACUUUUCUCAACAGACAGAAACAAAGUGAAACAUUCUGGUCAAGCGUGGGAGAGUUUUCAGUGGUUAAAAUGUUACACUUCCCCAUAACUGAAAUGUCUUUUUACAGAUGUUUGUAGCAUUUGACUUUGUUGUCCUAAUUUGAAUCAACAGAGCCAAGCAAGCUAGAUUGCAGGUUAAAGGUAUAAAACUGGAUAUAAAUGUAAAGAGAGGUUUAAAAUGUAUGUUUUCUCUUAAUCUGGAGUUAAUUUGAAUAUUUGCUCUUCAUCUUCUGGUUUCGCAGAAGGAGUUUUAUUUUGCAGCAUCUGCUUCUUCAGUUUACAUUUUGAAUUCCAGUUUGAAAUGUAUCCUCUUGCCUUGAAGGGACCCACAUUUUACUAGUAUUCCUCAACUUUACACAAGGGAAAAAUGUUUUAAAAAUGACCUUUUAAAAGGCUUGAGCAUUUUUGCACUAAACAGCUAUUUCAUCCCCAGUCAAAUCUACAGUGUCUUUAGUGGUUAUUUAAAUAACUAAUGAUUGUGUCUUACAGCUUUUGGUUUUAUGCAUUUUUUUUUAUUAUUUAAAUUUUGAUGUUAGAGAAACACAUUGACAUUAAUUACUGAUUUAAAUGUCAGUGUACGGACACACAUUACAUAUGAAAAUGACGACCAAACAUUGUUCCCUGCUUUGACCCUGGAACCCGAGCGUAUACUCCAGACCGUGUGCGGGUUGGUGGUGUCUUCGGCAUGGUGUUUGGGAGGCUGAGCAAAGGGCUGCCUCCGCUGUGGAGCUCCAAAGAAGGUGGAUUGGGCCGACAAGAGGCAGGACUUCUGGGAGGUGGGCUGUUGGCAGUGCCGAGUAACACAAAGCUGUGUCGGGGAGGACCGCUGCCAAGGUCAUUAUUUAACAAUUUCACAAGCAGGCGGCCAAGACCCAGGUCACGAGGAAAAGGUAUGACUUGUCCAUGCUUUUGAUGGUAAAUGCUCUAUGACCCAUUGUGUUGUCAAGGGUUCAAGUUGGGAAACCUAAUUUAACUUGUUCUUGACCAAAUUAAUUUUUAAAUCACUGGAUCUCUUACAAAACUUGAACCAGUAUUUGUCCGAGGUCAUUUUUGGUCUUAUGUUUGAAUGCAUGUAUGUGUGUAUCUAUGUGUAGUUUGACAAGUGGGUUUUUUUUUUUUUUUCUCCCUCUUUUCUUCCCCCCGUUCUCCCUCCCCAUCACAUCCCCAGUACCCUAACGCCCAGUAAUUUAAAGUUUGAGUAUUGUGUGAAGGAGAUCUCCUUCAAAGAGUGGAAAAAUCUAUUCACCUACUGGGGGUGACUGUUUGUACUGACUAGGUUACUAGUGCGAUACAGUUCAGUGGUGACUCAAAAGUGCCUACUUUUGAUAGAUAUCAAAGACCGCACUACUUUGAACGGUGCAUAUUCUGUGUUGAGUGCCUACUGGGCUGUCCUGCAUGUGUGCAGGGCCUUGGGUUCCUACCAAGGCAGGCCGUGGAACGAGGAACAAAACCAAUCUGAUGGCAUGCCUGAGAACCGAAAAAUGUCCUGACAUUUAAAUGACUAAAUAAAACGUGGAAACGA